AUGAUCCGGCUCCUCUUGGUUUUCUUCCCAAUGAUCUAUUUGGAGAUGUCCAUUUUGCCCAGAAUUCCCGACAGAAAAGUAUUGCUGGUGAGUGCCUCGUCUCAGCGCUCCGUGGCCAGGAUGGACGGAGAUGUCAUCAUUGGAGCCCUCUUCUCGGUCCAUCACCAACCUCCAGCAGAGAAGGUACCCGAAAGGAAGUGUGGGGAGAUUAGAGAACAGUAUGGUAUCCAGAGGGUGGAGGCCAUGUUCCACACGUUGGAUAAGAUCAAUGCGGACCCGGUGCUCCUGCCCAACAUCACCCUGGGCAGUGAGAUCCGAGACUCCUGCUGGCACUCCUCCGUGGCCCUGGAACAGAGCAUCGAGUUCAUCAGAGACUCUCUGAUUUCCAUCCGAGAUGAGAAGGAUGGGUUGAACCGCUGCCUGCCAGAUGGCCAGACCCUCCCCCCAGGCAGGACUAAGAAACCUAUUGCUGGAGUGAUCGGCCCUGGCUCCAGCUCUGUGGCCAUUCAAGUCCAGAAUCUUCUCCAGCUGUUCGAUAUCCCACAGAUCGCCUAUUCUGCCACAAGCAUAGACCUGAGCGACAAAACUUUGUACAAAUACUUCCUAAGGGUGGUCCCUUCUGACACUUUGCAGGCAAGGGCGAUGCUUGACAUAGUCAAGCGUUACAAUUGGACCUAUGUCUCCGCAGUCCACACGGAAGGGAAUUACGGUGAGAGUGGAAUGGAUGCUUUUAAAGAACUGGCUGCCCAGGAAGGCCUCUGCAUCGCACACUCAGAUAAAAUCUACAGUAAUGCAGGCGAGAAGAGCUUUGACCGGCUCCUGCGCAAGCUCCGGGAGCGACUUCCGAAGGCCAGAGUUGUGGUCUGCUUCUGCGAGGGCAUGACGGUGCGGGGACUCCUGAGUGCCAUGCGACGACUGGGUGUCGUGGGCGAGUUCUCACUGAUUGGAAGUGAUGGAUGGGCAGACAGAGAUGAAGUCAUUGAAGGCUAUGAGGUGGAAGCCAACGGAGGAAUCACGAUAAAGCUGCAGUCUCCAGAGGUCAGGUCGUUUGAUGACUACUUCCUGAAGCUGAGGCUAGAUACCAACACAAGGAAUCCUUGGUUCCCUGAGUUCUGGCAACACCGCUUCCAGUGUCGUCUACCCGGACACCUCCUGGAAAACCCCAACUUUAAAAAAAUCUGCACAGGCAAUGAAAGCUUGGAAGAAAACUACGUCCAGGACAGUAAAAUGGGGUUUGUCAUCAAUGCCAUCUACGCCAUGGCGCACGGGUUGCAGAACAUGCACCAUGCUCUGUGUCCUGGCCAUGUGGGCCUGUGUGAUGCCAUGAAGCCCAUUGAUGGCAGGAAGCUCCUGGAUUUCCUCAUCAAAUCCUCCUUUGUUGGUGUCUCUGGAGAGGAGGUGUGGUUCGAUGAGAAGGGGGAUGCUCCUGGAAGGUACGAUAUCAUGAAUCUACAGUACACUGAAGCCAAUCGCUAUGACUAUGUCCACGUGGGGACCUGGCAUGAAGGCGUUCUGAACAUCGACGAUUACAAAAUCCAGAUGAACAAAAGCGGGAUGGUCCGCUCUGUGUGCAGCGAGCCCUGCCUAAAGGGUCAGAUUAAGGUCAUCCGGAAAGGAGAAGUGAGCUGCUGCUGGAUUUGCACGGCAUGCAAAGAGAAUGAGUUUGUGCAAGAUGAGUUCACCUGCAGAGCCUGUGACCUGGGGUGGUGGCCCAACUCAGACCUGACAGGCUGUGAGCCCAUUCCUGUCCGUUACCUCGAGUGGAGUGACAUCGAAUCUAUCAUAGCCAUCGCCUUUUCUUGCCUGGGCAUCCUCGUGACUCUGUUUGUCACCCUCAUCUUUGUGCUGUACCGGGACACACCUGUGGUCAAGUCCUCCAGCAGAGAGCUCUGCUAUAUCAUUCUGGCUGGCAUCUUCCUCGGCUAUGUGUGCCCUUUCACCCUUAUCGCCAAACCUACCACCACAUCCUGCUACCUCCAGCGCCUCCUGGUGGGCCUCUCUUCAGCCAUGUGCUACUCUGCCUUGGUGACCAAAACCAAUCGCAUUGCACGGAUCUUGGCCGGCAGCAAGAAGAAGAUCUGCACCCGGAAGCCUCGGUUCAUGAGCGCUUGGGCCCAGGUGAUCAUCGCCUCCAUCCUGAUUAGUGUCCAGCUGACCCUAGUGGUGACCUUGAUCAUCAUGGAGCCUCCCAUGCCCAUUUUGUCCUACCCGAGUAUCAAGGAAGUCUACCUGAUAUGCAAUACCAGCAACCUGGGUGUAGUGGCCCCUUUGGGCUACAAUGGACUCCUCAUCAUGAGCUGUACCUACUAUGCCUUCAAGACCCGCAAUGUGCCCGCCAACUUCAAUGAGGCUAAAUACAUCGCCUUCACCAUGUACACUACCUGCAUCAUCUGGCUGGCUUUCGUGCCCAUUUACUUUGGGAGCAACUACAAGAUCAUCACGACUUGCUUCGCAGUGAGCCUCAGUGUGACGGUGGCCCUGGGGUGCAUGUUCACUCCCAAGAUGUACAUCAUUAUUGCCAAGCCCGAGAGGAAUGUCCGUAGUGCCUUCACCACCUCUGACGUAGUACGCAUGCACGUUGGUGAUGGCAAGCUACCAUGCCGCUCCAACACCUUCCUCAACAUUUUCCGGAGAAAGAAGCCGGGGGCAGGCAAUGCCAAUUCUAACGGCAAGUCUGUGUCAUGGUCUGAACCAGGUGGAAGACAGGCGCCUAAGGGACAGCAUGUGUGGCAGCGCCUCUCUGUGCACGUGAAGACCAACGAGACGGCCUGCAACCAAACGGCCGUGAUCAAACCCCUCACUAAAAGUUACCAAGGCUCUGGCAAGAGCCUGACCUUUUCAGAUGCCAGCACCAAGACCCUUUACAAUGUGGAGGAGGAGGACAACACCCCUUCGACUCGCUACAGCCCUCCCAGCAGCCCUUCCAUGGUAGUGCACCGACGCGGGCCACCUGUGGCCACCACGCCGCCUCUGCCGCCCCACCUAACGGCAGAGGAGACACCCCUGUUCCUGGCUGAUCCUGGCAUCCCCAAAAGCUUGCCUCCACCUCUUCCACAGCAGCAACAACCGCCACUGCCCCCUCAGCAACCCCCGCAGCAGCCCAAAUCCCUGAUGGACCAGCUGCAAGGCGUGGUCACCAACUUUGGCUCGGGGAUCCCGGACUUCCACGCGGUGCUGGCAGGCGCAGGGACACCGGGGAAUGGGCUACGUUCGCUGUACCCGCCUCCACCUCCCCCGCAACACCUGCAGAUGCUGCCCCUGCAGCUGAGCACCUUCCGAGAGGAGCCCAUCUCCCCUCCCGGGGAGGACGAUGAUGAUGACAGUGAGCGGUUCAAGCUCCUGCAGGAGUUUGUGUAUGAACGCGAAGGGAACACGGAGGAAGACGAACUGGAAGAGGAGGAGGACGUGCCUGCAGCCAGCAAGCUAACCCCGGAGGAUUCACCUGCCCUGACGCCUCCUUCUCCUUUCCGAGACUCGGUGGCCUCUGGCAGCUCCGUGCCCAGCUCCCCGGUGUCUGAGUCAGUGCUCUGCACCCCUCCAAAUGUGUCCUACGCCUCUGUCAUCCUGAGGGACUACAAGCAAAGCUCUUCCACCCUGUAG